GCAUAUCAUAUAUCUCAAACUCCAUUUUCAUUUCGUCUACCCAUCUAACUAUUUAUUUAUUAUUUAUCCUCUAAUUUUAUAGAGCAAAAACAGUAAUUAAAGUAAUAAUGUCACGAGCAAGUGCAAAGAAAAAUGUACUAGAGAAAAGUAGCAAAAUAGGGUUGUUUAAAACAAAAGAAAAUCCAAACCAAAGCAACAAUAGUUUCUUCAAGAACUUGAAGAAGGUAUAUCCACUUGGUAUUCACAGGAGCAACUCUUCACUCUCGAUUUCGUCGAUUUCGUUAUCUUUGUCUCAAACUUCCACAGAUUCUUCCCUUAACGAUUAUUCAUGCCCAUUGGAUCAAAAGAUCUUGUUAUCGCUCGAAUCGCUUCACAAGAUUUCAAUCACUUCAGAGAAGAAAGAGGCUCAGGUUGUGGUGGAUAAUACUAAGGUGGAAUUGCCUAUUCCUAAGCCUUGUGAUCAUGGUGAGCUCAAGAGAUGCCAUUGGAUAACCAAAAAUAGUGAUAAGGUGUAUGUAACCUUCCAUGACGAACACUGGGGAGUACCGGUUUAUGAUGAUAAUCAAUUAUUUGAGCUACUCUCCAUGUCUGGAAUGUUGAUGGAUUACAAUUGGACUGAUAUUCUUAAAAAAAGAGGCCAACUGAGAGAAUCUUUUGGUGGAUUUGAUGUCAACUUCGUUGCUAACAUGGAGGAGAACGAGAUCAUAGAGAUUUCGUCGAACAAGGAACUGGGAUUAGCUGAGUGCAGAGCUAGGUGCAUUGUUGAGAAUGCCAAAGGAAUUAUAAAGGUAAUGAAGGAGUAUGGAUCAUUUAGCAGCUAUAUAUGGGGUUAUUUCAACUAUAGGCCUAUUAUCAACAAGUAUAGAUAUCCAAGAAAUGUACCAUUAAGGUCCCCGAAAGCUGAGAGUAUAAGCAAGGAUCUAGUACGGCGAGGGUUCCGUCUCGUCGGACCAGUUAUUACUCAGUCCUUCAUCCAAGCAGCUGGAAUGACCAUUGAUCAUUUGAUUGAUUGUUUUAGGUAUAAUGAGUGUGUUAGCCUUGCUGAAAAUCCUUGGAGGCAUGGUUAAGUUAUAUUUCAGUAUAUAUAAUUAAUUUCCUACAAAAAUACAUUUUAUUUAUGUAAUUUCUUAUACAUAAUAUUCUGUAAAAAAUGACACAAAUUUUCAAUGACAUAAAUUAUUGCCAGUGA